UGGGAAGUGCGGGGACUACUUUAGGUCAACUUUGGAAAGAAACACACAGUAUGCACUGCAUAUUGCUAAAAGGGGACGCGGUUGAGUACUAUAUGUGUUUCUCUUUAACUAAAACCAAUAUAUUGUGUGCUAGUUGAGCGUAUUUUAUCGCAAAAGUGUUAUGUUUUUACUACGUCGCGGAAGGAUCUAAUUUUCUCAAGCGAGGGUCGACACAUCCGCCCAGUUUUCCGAUGUUUCAUUCCCCCCGAGUUGAAAAUGGAGUUCGAUUAAAGCAGAUGUCCACCAACUUCUCAAGGAGAUUUCAAGUCUAGGUGCUUUUGCUUUACGCCGUCAGUAUUCAUAUCGAAAACAGUCGAACCCUUUUUUUUGGCUUUGGAUGCCUUUACUGCAAAUUACUCGGACACGUUGACGGAGCAACGCUCCGCUUUUUCAAGUGUUGUCCUGGAGCCGAAGUUGGCGAAUGGAUGCUCGACAGUCAGCCAUAAAUAACCUGCCAAACGUUACAGCCUGCAACAUUUUUUGAGGAUCUAUUCACAUUUUUUGCAAAGCGGGGAACUGUGCUUGUUGAAGAGGAUGAUCCCGAUGGCUCAUUUGUUGUGGUCGGAUUUUACUUCCAGGGAGGAUAAAAUGAAUCAACGGUUGUCAUUCCUCCUCGCGAUUUAACGUUAGUUCCAGGCAGCGAAGCUAACAUAAAGCUAGCUCCUCUUGGCUUUCAAGGGACGCUUACACAGGCAUGCCCCAUUCUACAUCCUUUACUUACUAUCCAAAAUAGGGGGUAAUUUCUAUAUGUGACGGAAAAUGGUGAUAUUUGUGGUAUUUUAUCCCGCCGUCACUGCGUCGUCGAUGCUAUUGCUAGGAUUUGGAUCCCCGUGAGGAAAAAAUGAGUGAAGAUUCAACAAAUCCAAACAACGAUGACAGUUAUGCGCGUGUGAGAGCAGUGGUCAUGACUCGGGAUGACUCCAGUGGUGGGUGGCUUCCCCUGGCGGGCGGAGGCCUGAGCUGUGUCACCGUCUAUAAGGUCAGCCGGGCGGAGGACAGCAGCAGCAUUCACAGUGGAGGCAGCGGAGGCAGCAGCAGCAGCAACCUCAGCCCGUGUAGCUCCACUUCUAGUCCUAGCCCCAGUCCCAGCCCCAGCCCCACCGCUGUGGAAUAUCACAUCAAGGGCGAGAGGCUCAAAGACAAAUCGGUGGUGCUGGAGUGUGUCCUGCAGAAAGACGUAAUAUACAACAAGGUCAACCCCAUCUUCCACCACUGGAGGAUCAACAACAAGAAGUUUGGACUGACUUUCCAGAGCCCUGCUGACGCUCGUGCUUUUGACCGGGGCAUACGUCGGGCCAUUGAGGACAUCAACCAAGGAUUUCGGCCGUUUGGGGAUGGGGAUAUUCCUGAGGAUGGACUGCCGGUGUGUGAUGAGCCUCCCUCCUUAUGUACCCCAAUGAAAGAGCCUUUCUCUCCCCUGAACAACGUCGUCUCCACCGAGCCCUUCAGGGGCUGCUACGUCCGCGCCCAACCCUUCGACGAGUUCAACUCCAGCAACCGCCGCUACCUGCCUCCCCAGGUCUGCUUCUGCCCAGCACAAACUCACCCAUCUGCAAAAGUCUCCUUCAAGUCAACUCGUCAUGUCAGUUUUCACAUGGACGAAGAGGAGAUUGUUCGCAUCAACCCACGCAAAGACGUGCUCAUCCGCGGCUAUGAGGACUACCGCCACCCUGUCAUGUGGAAACAGGAGUCCGACCGCGAGGACAUGGACUUCCCCACCGCCUUCCACAAACUAGACAGUAAGAAGUGCGAGUAUCUCUUCCCCGAUGGGCCGUGUGGGGACCCCCACUCUGGCCCCGGCAUGGGCAUUGGAACAGGUAUGGGUCUGGGUCUUGGCAAGGACACAGCCAUCAAGACCCAGCCCUCGCCCCUGCUCAAGUCUAAGAAGGGCCGGCGGCGGCGAGAGGACGGCGAGCGUUCGCGCUGCAUCUACUGUCGGGAAAUGUUCAACCACGAAGACAACUGGCGGGGGCAGUGCCAGGACGCCCCCGACCCCAUCAAGCAGUGCAUCUACAAAGUCAGCUGCAUGCUCUGCGCCGAGAGCAUGCUGUACCACUGCAUGUCCGACUCCGAGGGGGACUUCUCAGACCCCUGCUCAUGUGACACGUCCGACGAGCAGUUCUGCCUUCGCUGGCUGGCCCUGGUGGCGCUGUCCUUCAUCGCGCCCUGCAUGUGUUGCUACCUGCCCCUGCGCGCCUGCCACCACUGUGGGGAGGCCUGCCGCUGCUGCGGGGGCAAGCACAAGGCGGCGGGGUGACCCCACAACGGACUCUGGGACACCCUCAAAGCUAGCUAACACAGGAAGUGGAUAAAUGCGGAAAAAUAAAAAAGCCGGCAUCCUUUUUUCAUUCCCCUCUCAGACGGGGUGAUGUUGAUCCCCAGCUCUGAGGGCUUUUGGAGAUUUCAGUUUGUGUUUGUCGCCGACAAGCAGCGGUGGAGGACAAACCAAAUGCUUUGUGGGAGCUCUGAGCAUCAAGCUAUGUUCAGGAGCUUAAACUGAGGAGAGGAGCAGCAGGCAACGUCAAGAUUAAUAGACUUGGAGAUGUUACUAAACACACCUGUACACACACACACACACACACACACACACACACACACACCUACCUAUCUCUCACAUUCACACUCAUGCAUUGACAAAUGUCAGGACUCUACUGCAAGAAAUGUGUAACUUUAUGAAGGAAACAUUGUCUUUUGUACAGAGAGCAAACAACUUAACGACGAAAAAAGAAAACGGAACUAUUCUGCGUUUCAGAAAAAAUACUUUUGAGUAUGCUAAAAGGGAUAUGUUCUUGCUUUUUUGUGAAUUUACAGUUGGGUAACAGUGGCCUUUCCUUCAUGGCUUAAGCAUUUGCUGACAAUGUAAUUACUAGACAGAGAAAAGUGCACUAGAAAUGGUUUCCCCCCCUGAGUAAAGGUAACCCCCUCAAAUUCUUGUGGUACAUUAACCACCUUUUGUAGUGUAAUUGUAACAUUUAAGAGAUGUUUCUGGUGGAUGUAUGGCCAACUCCUUGUUUUCCUUUCCAUCGAAUGUUGAACAAAUUCAGAAGGUGACAGCUUGUUUCUGAAGGUGCAGCUUGGUUUUGCUUUUGACAUUAAUUAUAAGAUGUUAAAAUGAUUACCUUGCCUUCCCGAGGUGAUUUAGACUAUUUGAUUGCAUUCCAAAAAAAAGGGAUCGAUUCCAUGAUUUAGAAGGGAUACAAUGGUAAUGACUUUACCAUGCAGAGUUCCCCGAAAUAGUUUUUCCACAUCAUUUAAAUAGCAUUAAAACAUCUUGAACCGUUUACAUUUUGAAGCCACGAUUUGAUUUACUCCAAUGAAUUCCAGUUUUAGUCCAGUUUACUGCUGUUGUGAAAUUGGUGUUUUUAUUUCUUACUUGUUAUUUUCCUGCUCAUUUUAUAAUUAUUUUUUAAACAAAGGCUGAAAUGUUGCUCAACCAGCAAGUUUUGUUUCGGUGAGUAAAUGGGUUACAGUGCUCCUUGGUUUAAUGAUGAGGCACUUAAAUUAGGUUGUUCUUUUAUUGGGAAUCCUUUAGAUUUUAUAAUUAGUCUGUACAUAUAUUUGACUAAUAUAACAUUUAAUUUGCCAUUGGAAAUACUCCUGAAAGCACUGCUCUCCAAGCUUUGGUUGCAGCACCCUCUCCAAAUGUCCAUGUUUGUCCCAUGAAGCCGUUUUUUUGUUUUCUUUUCAUUUCCCCGCACAUCAUGUGUAAAUGUAGUACUUCUUUGUUCCUCAAAAGUUCACUCCUUCCGUAUGUCUUCAUUUAACAGGCCCUGGAUGAAUGAAUGCAUUGCUUCAGGAAUGCUGAGUAUCUUAGCUAUUAAACAUACAAGUGUUAUGUGUGUGUGCGUGCGUGUGUGUGCAUAGGUAUGCACUGUUGAUCUGGUGUCAUGUCACCUCUGACUUUGUGAUUAAGGCUUUGACUUGUAACCACGUCCUGUUUCCUGAAGCGUCUAUUUAACAAAGAGACGAUGGAACUGUUUAACAUCCUGGGAAUUUCACUUAUCUGCUUUCUUUACAGUGGUUAGUGAGAAGAUCAAAACGAUUCGCUAUUGUAACUUUUGUUAAAUUGGAGCUAGCAGCCGCUUAGCCUAGCGUACAGCGGGGAAACGGAUAGCCUGGCUCCAUUACAAUGUAUUAAACUCUGCUUUAUAGCACCUUAAAGUUAACCGAUUAACAGGUUAUAUCAUUUGUUUGAUUAGUAUAAAAACGAAAGUGUAAAGAUGACAAUUUGGGGUUUUACUGCGGGUCAUGUGUGGGACUAUUUCUUGAACAGGCACAGUGACUAAGUCCUGUUGUCACCAUGAGGGUACUGUGCCUGACCCAAAAAUAACUCGUAAAACCUCAAUUGGCCAUUUUUCAAAUAAAAAUAUAUAUAAUCUAUUAUUUAAUGAGCUUUAGCCGUGGCAGUAGGAGGAUGUUGUCACAGUUACCUGUUCGCUUCCCUAUGCUAAGCGAAGCAGCUUCGUAUUUAAAGACUACAUAUGAAAAUGGUAUCAAUCUUCUCACUCAACAAGAAAGCACAAUUCCCAAAAUGUCAAACUACAUCUUUAAGAUCCUUUGGGAAACAGGAAGUCUAGUUGUGUUUGAAUCCUAUUUCCCGCCCAAAAGAGAAGAACAUAUUUCAAUUGAACUGGCUUCCUCAACUAACUAAAUGUUGACUCGAACUAGUCCUGAACAACGACAAACUCCCGACAGUUAUAACAGUUCAGCCUGGAUGUCCAGCUGCAAUAAGUCUUGCUAACUGAAGAAAUGAUUCCUAACUAAGGCAUUGGCAUGUUUGAAAUUAAUGCUAAUUGUGAUUCCCCGCAGUAUUUAACAGCAGAUUUGGCAUGACAUCCAUGUUGCUAACAGAUAUGCAUCUCCUCUCCCUCCUGGCUAAAAUAAUAGUAGUAAUGGCACUUCAGAUUACAGGAGAAACGUAUAUUUUCCUAAUUCCCCCCCGACCGAUGCUCCCUUUACUUUCUAUGCAAACUUUCUAACGUGGGAAACACAUUGACCUCUCUGCAGACUGAGUCAGUGACGGGAUAGGACACUUUAACGCGAUAUAGAUGUAGACGACUGCCCCCUGGUACCAAACGCCAAACAACCUGUAAAUACUUAACACUAUAUUUAAGUUCUGAUAAUAAUCCCAGCUUUUUUGUCUUUUACAUUUUAAAGAUAGAGCUGUAUUUAUCGUUGCUGUCAGCAUAUACCGUAGCUUCAAUUGACAGCAUUAUGUACAUAGGUCACCUUUUAGUAUUAUUUCACAUUGAAAAGUAGAGGGCGUUUGUGAUGGAAAUGACUAUUGAGCUUCUAAUAGAGUUUCUCUAUAGUUUUGUACGGUAGAAGGAAGGAUAGUGCUAACACGGUACAGUAGUGGCAUAUUUGAUAUAUAAAUAUAUAUAUACAUACAUAUAAAGCUGCUAGAUACAAUCACUAAUUUUAUUGUGUUGACAGAGAAAAUCAGCUAUGAACGACUGUUAAACCCUAAUUCUCCAACAGCAUAUAACCAUGACAGUGAGUUUUUAAAUGUUUGAUUGCUCUGUGUGAGUGGACACUUGUGCAUGUGUGUGGGUGUGCGAGUGUUACUAUAAAUGUGCAUUCUUGUGUGCCCACGAGUGUGUGUGUGUGUGUACUGCGUGUGUGUGUUUCCGGUGUGCUGGCUGUGUGCGUGCGGGGUUGGUGUGUGACCAGAUGUUUGGAUGGUUGUCAUAUUCUCCCAUUGUAAUUGGAUUGCCCUGCAUUAUUGCAAGCUGAACCAAGGUUUGAUGAACCUGAUUAAAACUUGCUGGCUGAGAAGCAAAAAUGUAGGACGUGCAUUUAUACAAAGUGUAGAGAAUGCUGAAAUAACACUUCUCAUUCUGCAUUAACCAGCACAGUGCAACUUCCUGUCAUGUACUGUAUUAUAUAUGCAACAUGUGUCUGUCUGCUUUAAUAUAUAUAUUUUUUGACCUGCAUUAUAUAAGACUUCAGUUUUAACCACUUUGCUGCUAGUCUUUUAUCCUCUUUCAAUCUUGGAAAUUGUGCAUAUCUUUGGGAAUGCAUACAAGUGUACAUUCUUGACAUUGUGUAGAUUUAAAAAAAAGAAAAAGCUAUAUAAACCUGUUUCUCUUCAGUGUAUUGUUUUAAAAAGGUUACUUUUCACAGCAGUUGAGUGGUUAUGUUUCAAUUCUCCAAUGCUUUGGUGCACUGAUGAUACUAUAUGUAAGCUUUUUUUCAUCUUACAGCGCUUGAUGUAACAUUUAUGUGAUUAGUUCUAAAUAGUGGAAGACAUUUGUGUUUUGAAACUUGCAGUAUAAAUGGUACUACUCUUAACUAUUCUGUAAACACUGCCUGUUUUCUUUCUUUUUUUCUUUCUUUCACUCUCUUUGUGCAUAUUUCUUUCCUGUGCAUCUAUUUGUUCCUUAAGUUUCUUAAUGCCAUCGGCUUUCACAUCCUGACAACCUCAAAAAAGUGCCUCACGUCCAUCCUAGUUUCCAUUUAUAAUUUAACAUCUCUCGUUCUGGUUCUAUUGGUUUCUACACGUCUAGGUAUUUCUUCUCAUGGUUCGAGAAUACCAAGUAUAUGAUUUAUAGUCCCAAUAACUCAUGUCAUAGUUGUAUUUUCUUUAUACAGAUGUAGCUCGUUACUUUUCAUAAAUAUAUAAUGUAAAUAUGCAUACAUAUGUUUGUAACUGUUUUUAUGUUACAUCAUACACUUGUAAUUUGACAUAUCAAAUAACAUUAUCAUAAUAAAAUGGUGAGUUUUAAUCUUU